GUGGAGACCGGACUUUGCUAGUUCGUGCACCUCGCUCAGCUUCUCUACAACCAUGUAUGACAAAGUCAAUAUGACUGAAGUUGAGAAAUACAAUAAGUCAAAACUGAAGAAAACAAAUCAAGAGAAAAAUCCACUGCCUUCAAAAGAAACAGGUAAACAGGAGAAGCUAGCAGGUGAGUCGUGA